AUGGCCAGUCUGUCAUGCUUAAUGUCCCGUUCAAUCAAGUAUUUGUUCAAGUACGUCAACAAGGGCCAUGACAGGGUAACAGCAGAGUUUUACAAAGCCAACUGCGAUGCAGAAUGUCCAAAAGUUAUUGAUGAAAUCAGUAUGUUCUAUGAUUUUUGGUACAUCUCUCCGUGUGAAGCAUCUUGGCGAUUAUUUGGAUUUGAUAUACAGUUAAGGACACCAGCUGUUGAGCGAUUAAGCUUUCACUUGCCAAAUCAACAAAGUGGCGUAUUUGCAGAUGAUGAUCCAGUUGAUAACAUACUAAGCCGUCCAACAAUCUUACAAAGCAUGUUAUUAGAAUGGGAUGCGUGUUCUGCAAGAGGAUUAGUAGACGACGACAGGGAAUAUGUUCAUGCUAUAGAAGAAGCAAGUCAAUGGGCGACAGGUGUAAAUUUGAGAAGAUUGUUUGUCACCCUAUUAAUGUCAAACUCAAUGGGAAAACCAGAAGUUGUGUGGGAAGCUGCCUGGCACUAUUUGGCUAAGGAUGCACAAUUCAAGAUUAGUGCUCAAUUGAGGAUUACAGAUUUGAUUUUAUCUGAAGAUGAGAAAAAGAAUUUUGCACUUCAUGAGAUACAAAUAAUGCUUUCUGCUAUGGGAAAGAGUUUGAAAGACUUUCCGUUGAUGCCAAAUGAUAAAUUGGUGCAUCAACUCACCGAAGAACAAAGGGAUAUAUAUGGAGAAGUAUUGCAAGAUGCUGAGAAUAAUCUGGGAGGCCUGUUUUUUGUUUAUGGAUACGUUGGAACGGGAAAAACAUUCUUAUGGAGAGCAUUGUCUUCUGCUUUAAGGUCAAAGGGUGAUAUAGUUUUAAACGUGGCAUCAAGUGGCAUAGCAUCUCUUCUACUACCAGGAGGUAGAACUGCGCAUUCAAGAUUUUCAAUACCAAUAGCUGUUAAUGAAGAUUCAACCUGCAACAUCAGUCAAAGUAGUCCUUUGGCACAGUUGAUAAUGCAAAGUAAGUUGAUCAUUUGGGAUGAGGCACCGAUGAUGCAUAAGUUUUGCUUUGAAGCUUUAGACUGUACUAUGAGAGAUAUCAUGCGUGCUAAAAAUCCAAAAAGCUUGGAUAUGACUUUUGGUGGGAAAACCGUGGUGUUAGGUGGAGAUUUCAGACAGAUUCUACCAGUCAUUCCAAAGGGCACCAGGCAAGAAUUGUUGGAGCAAUGGAUUGCUAAUAUAGGUGAUGGAACAAUUGGUGAUUGUUUGCAUGGAGAAUAUCGUGCUAUUUUGGCACCAACUUUGGAUAUUGUGGAUGCAGUAAAUGAAUACAUGAAUGACUAUAAUAAUGCCGAAGGAAGGACGUAUCUCAGUUGUGAUUCGGUUUGUAAAUCUGAUUCAAAUGUUGACAUGCUUGCUGAUCUGCACACUGCAGAAUUUUUAAAUGGUUUAAGGUGUUCAGGAGUUCCAAAUCACUCAUUGACUCUAAAAGUUAGCUCACCAGUUAUGCUUCUAAGGAAUAUUGAUCAUUCAUUGGGGUUGUGCAAUAGUACAAGAAUGAUCAUUUCAAAGUUGGCAGAUCAUGUUUUAGAAGCUCAAAUACUAUGCGGGGCAAGUGCCGGUACAAAGGUCUUAAUUCCAAUGAUGUCCUUAACACCUUCUGAUGCAAGAUUGCCUUUUAAGUUCCAAAGGAAGCAAUUUCCACUAAUGUUGUCAUAUGCAAUGAUAAUAAAUAAAAGCCAAGGCCAGACACUAUCCAACGUGGGUUUGUUUUUGAAGAGACCGGUUUUUAAUCAUGGUCAAAUGUAUGUAGCAGUGUCAAGAGUUAGUAAUCCUAAGGGAUUAAAAAUUCUUAUUUGGGAUGAAACUGUAAAAUCUAAAAAUACGACUACAAAUGUCGUAUACAAAGAAGUAUUCAAUAAUGUAUAA